AUAAAAACAAAAUCUCCCAAUCAUUAUACAUACAACGAAUUCACUAUAGUCUAUACAUAUCAUUAUACAUGAUAGAUGCUAACAAUCUCUCGACAUACUAGAUAUCCAUUGAUCCUUUCUCUUUCUCCACUUCCUUCCGGAGAAUCGUUCAAAUUCAAAAUUACAGAAAUUUUCAGGGAAAAAGAGAGAGAUUGGAGAAGAAGAUUGAAAAGGAAGAAAAAUUCCAAUAUUUUAUCACCUUAUCUUCUUCUCCAUCUCGAUCAAUAAUAAUUUCCGCCAUUUUUGUGCGUUUUUUUAUUUCCUCCGAUGCUUAACAGCGUCCCAUCGAGCUUAUAUAGCAAUAUUGGUGGACUUUUCCUCUUCUUAAGCGGUGGUGCAACUGCUGGCGCCCAAAAUGGUGGCGGCUCGGCUGUAGCCGUUGCUAUUACUGCCGUUGCUGGUCUCGCCGUUGUCGCUGCCGUUGUUUAUACUCGUAGUGGUAAUGUUAAGUCACCAUGGAGUCGGAAAAGAAUAAAAAACGCCCUUACUCCGGAGCAGUGGAGAAAUUCAUUUCAACCAGAUGGAAAACUUCAUGAUGGUGGAAUAAAUCUUUUGAAAAAAGUUCGAAGUGGAGGUAUUGAUCACAGUGUCAGAGCAGAGGUUUGGCCUUUUCUUCUUGGCGUGUAUGAUCUUGAUAGCACCGAAGAAGAAAGAGAAGCUGUCAGAAAUAGGAACAGAAAGGAGUAUGAAAAACUCAGAAGACAGAGCCGACGACUACUAAGACAAACUGAUGAGAAUUUGAAGCCAAAUAGCAAUGCGAAGAGUGAGAUUACAGAGCCAAGUUCACCUGCUUCAGAAGUGGUUAGUGCUCAUGAGUCCCUCUGUAGUGAAAGGGGAAGUUCAGAUCUUGAGUUCUCAGAAAAUCAUUCUAGUUCGGUAUUGGAUAGGACCAGUAGCUCUCAACAGAUCACAAGUUCUACUUCUGUAGUGUAUGAUUCGUCUGAGGUGGGGUCAUCAGAAGAUGAGCAAUUUUAUGAAAACUCCCCUCUGGUAGAGCAUGAAAAUGAGCACGAUGUGUCUCUAAAGGGAAAUGUUCCCGCAUCAAAGACAAAUAUGCAGUCUAAUGUUUUUCGAUCUGAAGAUUUUGCUACCUGGCAACGUAUAAUCCGUCUUGAUGCUGUUCGGGCCAAUGCAGAAUGGAUAGCUUAUUCCCCUUCUCAGGCUGCAAUAUCAGAAGACCGGGCACGAUGCUGUGCUGAGGCGGUAGGACUCAAAGAUUAUGAUCACCUUGAGCCGUGCAGGGUUUUCCAUGCUGCGCGAUUGGUGGCAAUACUCGAAGCCUAUGCUAUUUAUGACUCUGAAAUUGGUUAUUGUCAAGGUAUGAGCGAUCUACUUUCCCCAAUAAUAUCAGUAAUUGAGGAGGACCAUAUGGCAUUUUGGUGUUUUGUUGGGUUUAUGAAGAAGGCUCGUCAUAACUUCAGGCUAGAUGAAGUGGGAAUUCGUCGACAACUUAAUAUUGUGGCCAAAAUUAUAAAAUACAAAGACUCCCACCUUUAUAGACACUUGGUAAAGCUUCAGGCAGAGGAUUGUUUUUUUGUGUACCGAAUGGUGGUGGUCCUGUUUAGGCGUGAGCUGAAUUUCGAGCAGACUCUCUGUCUGUGGGAAGUGAUGUGGGCUGAUCAGGCUGCACUCAGGUCUGGAGUGGGCAAGACAGCUUGGAGCAGAAUAAGACAACGGGCUCCACCAACCGAAGAUCUGCUGUUGUAUGCCAUUGCUGCUUCUGUUUUGCAGAGAAGAAAACAAUUCAUAGAAAAGUACAAUAGCAUGGAUGAGAUCUUGAGGGAAUGCAAUAACAUGGCUGGACAACUUGAUGUCUGGAAACUCUUAGAUGAUGCACAUCAUCUGGUAAUGACUCUUCAUGAUAAAAUUGAUGCAACCGUUUAAAGGCCUUAGCUCUUCUUUUGUAGCACAUGAUACGGGGCCAUGUUCAAAAAUAUUCGAUGUUGAACAAAUUUUCGGAAGGCCUAAUCUUGUUCAUUCUGGUGUUUGAUUCUUCAUAAUAUCUCGCGAUGGAUAAACAAUAUAUUCAAAUUAUCAAGAAAUUUUUUUCCAUUUCACUUGUACUAAAC